AAGUUAAUUCAACCCACGUGGCGCCGAACCCCCUGAAUUUCUGGAUUGGAAAAAGGAGCAGGUUUACCCAUGAAGAAGUAGGAGUAGAAUGGACCCUCUCCACGCCUUUCACGCCGCCUUCCGGAAAGCGGCCAAGUUGCCCUAUGUCAUUUGCCUCGCCACUCCUUUUAAGAAUAUCCGCUACUUCUCCGCGUGGAAGAAACCGCCACUGUUGGAAGAUCAGCCUCUUAAGGAAGUCAGCCACGAAGAUAUCGCAGCUUUGCCUCCUGGUCAUUCCUCGGAAACGUCGAAACUUGAGGAAACUCACCGGUUGAGCUCCACGCCGCGUCCCCGUGGGAAAAAUGAGCGCCAGGCUGAUGUUGUUCAGAAUAAACUCUUCCCAAAAUUCCGCGCCAAAGCUGCGCCGUCCACCACUAAGGAUGAAUUCCAGAACCUGAGAAAUGACGAUUUUGUCUCCAAGCAUAAAACGCCGCAGAGAAGUCUCCGUCUCCCAGAAAGGAAUAAAGGCGCAGAAAUCUUGUUCGGGACAGCCCCCUGCUCGUUGGCCCUCGGGCGGUCCAAGCGAACGUUUUUCCAGCUCUUCCUCAAAGCGAGCCAAGGCACGACGCCUCCCGGGGCAGAAAAAUUUGCCCAGUACGCCGAGGAACAUGGGAUCCCGGUGAAGAGGGUUCACAGGAAGGUCUUGGAUGCCCUUUGUAAAGGGGGCGUCCAUCAGGGGGUGUGCUUGGAAGCCUCCCCUCUUCGUCCCCUGGCAUGGCAGGAAGGGCCACUCCACCAAGCCCCGGUUGCCAAGGGGUCGCAGUGCAUCUGGCUGGUUUUGGAGGGGAUACACGAUCCCAUGAAUUUGGGGGCGGUCCUGCGGACGGCGCACUUCCUUGGGGUUGACGGGAUUGUGACGAGUGAAAGGAACAG